AUCAAAGAUUAACCUCUUUCGCCAAAUUUGGGUCUUUGUUUUCGUAGGACUUAAGGCAAGGUAUUUUUAUUGCCAGGUGUUUUCUAAUCUGAUAAAUUUCCACAAAAAUCAUUUGAAAUGGAGGCUGUAGAUAAAGAAAUUGAAUUGGGCGAUAAAAAAUCCUACGCUGGUAUCCCAGAAGCCGAAUUUGUGGAAGAUGUAGAUGCCUACAUGGCUAGACCUGAAAAUGUAGACGGUGUCGAUGAAGUAUUGAAAAGGCUUGAUAAUCAACAUGCAAAAUAUAAAUUUAUGGAAUAUAAUCUUGCCUCGAAAAAGAAACGUUUACAAACCCAAGUACCAGAACUCAAAAGAUCUUUAUUAACAAUCGAAGAAUUGGAAAAACAAAAAACUGAGUUCGAAGCCCAAUUUUUGCUUAGUGAACAAGUUUUUGCAAAAGCUAAAAUUCCACCGACGGAACAUGUGUGCCUUUGGCUGGGAGCUAAUGUAAUGCUAGAAUAUACUCUGGAAGAUGCUAAAAAACUACUCAGUCAAAAUAUAGCCGUCGCUACACGAAACCUUGGAUAUGUUGAACAUGAUUUGGAUUUUUUGAGAGACCAAUUCACAACAACCGAGGUUAAUAUGGCUAGAGUUUACAAUUGGGAUGUAAAGAGGAAGCAGGCAGCAAAGGCUAAGUGAGAAUUGAAUCAAAGCCAAGUGAAGUAAAGAAAGAGUUGUUACCUCAAUUCAAUUUUAACGCAACUUUCGAAGGUUAAUCUGAUUUUCAUCAUCCACAAUCACCCAGUAUAUGUUCAAUUACAUAUGGCUUAAAUUAUUUCACCUUAGUUUGUAAUUGAAUAAACUGGUUUUCAC